AACUACGUGGUGGAGAAGAGGGACGUCCGGCGCAAAGCCUGGCAGGCGGUGGACACCACGGUGAAGGAGCUGAAGUACACCGUGACGCCGCUCAACGAGGGCUCGCUCUACGUGUUCCGCGUCGCUGCUGAGAACAGCGCCGGGAUGGGAGAGUUCUGCGAGAUGGAGGACGCCGUGCUCGCCAAAGACACAUUCACCACCCCCGGACCCCCCUACGCCCUCACCGUGGUCGAGGUCACCAAGAGACAUGUUGAGCUCAAGUGGGAACCCCCCAAGAGCCACGGAGGAAGACCCAUCACCAAGUACGUCAUCGAGAAGAAGGAGAAGCUGGGGUCCCGCUGGCUGAAGUGCUGCAAGACCCCCGACAAACAGUCCCAGUUCAAGGUGACGGACGUGGACGAGGGCACCGAGGUGCAGUUCCAGGUCCGGGCGGAGAACGAGGCUGGGGUGGGAGACCCCAGCGAGCCCACCGAGAUCCUGACCAUCGAGGACGCCACCAGCGCCCCCUCCCCCCCUCUGGAGUUGGCAGUACCUGAGGCCAGCCGGGAGCACAUCAGCGUCACCUGGAAGCCCCCGACCAAAGACGGCGGCUCCCCGAUCUCCGGGUACCACGUGGAGGUGGCCGAGGCCCGGCCCGAGCUCAAGUGGCUGCGCGUCAACAACCGGCCAAUCAAAGAGCUCAGCUUCAGGAUCGACGACGGCAUCAAGCCCGAGAAGAAAUACGUGAUCCGGGUCCGCGCCAUCAACGCCGUGGGAGUGAGCGACCCCUCCGACGUCUCCGACAAGGUCUUCACCAAAGACCCCGACUGCGCCCCCACCCUGGACCUGGCGUCUCAGGAGGUGGUGGUGGUGGAGGGGGAGAAGCUGCAGCUGAAGGUCCCCUACAGAGCCAUCCCCACCCCCAAGAUGGUGUGGAAGAAGGACGAGGUGGAGUGCAAGGCUGGCGAGCGGCUGUCCAUGACGGUGGAGAUGAACAGCGCCCACCUGGACCUUCUGAAGAGCAGCCGGGCCGACGCCGGCGCAUACGCCAUCACGCUGGAGAACAGCCUGGGCAGCGCCACCGGCACCGUCACCGUCAAGGUCAUCG